AAUAAUAUCCGACGUUCGUUCGAUUUAUUUCCGUUAAAUUCAUCGCAACCACUCUGAAAAUAGAUGCGGCUUGUGGUGAAAAAAAAGACAAGGAGUGACCAGAGUGACCGCGCAAUCUCCAUGCGAUUCGAGUAAUUUGCGGUCAUCGAAAGAAGCAACACUUCAGUAUAUACUACUAUAAAAAGAAAAGAGCGAAAAAUAAUCUGAAAAAAUCCGAGUGUUAUUGGUUGUUUCUAGAAUUAAAUCUUGUUUUCACUCUAAACACAGCCGUGGAAGAGGAUACGUACAUAGGAAACACGAGUUUCGAGUGAGAUGGCCAAGAAAACGUACGACCUUUUAUUUAAAUUGCUAUUGAUUGGCGAUUCUGGUGUUGGAAAAACGUGUAUUUUAUUCAGAUUUUCGGACGAUGCUUUCACGACAACAUUUCUCUCUACGAUAGGUAUUGAUUUCAAGAUAAAAACAGUGGAAUUGAGAGGGAAGAAGAUCAAACUACAAAUAUGGGACACAGCUGGUCAGGAAAGAUUCCACACUAUAACAACUUCAUACUACAGAGGUGCUAUGGGAAUCAUGCUCAUAUAUGAUAUUACCAAUGGCAAGAGCUUCGAAAACAUUGUCAAAUGGCUGAGAUACAUUGAUGAACACGCUAAUGAGGAUGUUGAGAAGAUGAUAUUGGGCAACAAGUGUGACAUGCAUGAAAAGCGCGUUGUUAGUACGGAAAGAGGCGAGGCAAUUGGUAGAGAGCAUGGAAUAAAAUUCAUGGAAACAUCAGCCAAGUCAAACGUAAACAUCGAGCGGGCAUUUAUCGAGCUCGCAGAGGCUAUUUUAGAAAAAACAGCGGGUAGUGAACCUCAGGAAGCACCGGAUCGUGUAACGGUCGAUCGUAGAGUUGAAAAAAGUUCAAAUCGCUGUUGCUAACUGUAUAUUAGGAGUUUAUAUUAUAUAAAACUUGCAUAAUUAGCUGAGUAUCGACGAAUAUUGCCAGCUUUAUUUCGUUAGUAUGAUAAUUAGCAAUUACCUAUUAUUUUUUAUUGUUAUCUUUAUAAUAAUUUAAAUUAACAAUAUAGUAACGCGUCAGUUAAUGAUAAUAUUCGUACUAGUUAUCGAGUUUAUUUAUAUCUAUAAGGUGACAAGAAAACGAGAGAGAGAGAGAUUCGAUAUGUACAUAUGUAUGUAUGUAGCGUAUGUCGCGGGAAAAAAAGAAGGAAUCUAAGUUUACAACAAGUCUGCACGGUUAGCAGUUAGAUAACUGAAGGAUCAAUUCAUUUACACAUUACAAUAUUUUACGCAUUGUAUUUGAAAUUUUGAAAACUACACAGAAAUAUUGUACAUCUCGCAAGUUUUAAAAGUUUCUAUGUUUCAUGUAAUGUGUAGUCAGUGUUGAUAGAAUCAUCUGCAAUCAAAAGUAAUAAUCAAUUAAGUCUAGUAUAUUUAUGGAAGAACUAUUCGAAUCAUAUUUAAGAAUAAUUAAUCAUAUUCGGCUUCAUUCAAUGGGCAAUUGGAAAUAAAUUACGAUCCAUGGCUUGUUGGUCAAAUUGAUAAAACGUCAAAAUAAGUCAAAUUUAGAACAAAUUAAAGUUGAAAGAUGGAGUAAAUCAGAAAUAAAAGAAGGAAAAAUAUCUUGAUUCUUACUGGAACAUUUACAGUCUUCCCAGUUAACUUGACAAUUGUACUAACCUCUCAACAAGUUGAAAUAAUCUUAGGCUAAGUUUAUACGACGUCAUUUUUUUUCCGAUGUUUACUAUACUGCUUUUAUUCAAUCAGUGGUAAAAGUGCGUGUAUCAGCAAACUUAUAUUCAAAAUAAUAACUAUCGAACGACAACUGUUGUAUAAAUGAAGUCAUAGUUUUAAUUCGUCCAGCCGUUAAGUGUUAAGAAACACGCUAUACUUAAAUUACCACCUAAUGAAAAGUCAUGCCUUGUUUUUUAGAAUUAUACCCUAACUCUGCCUCUGAGUAUAUGGAGAUCUUCUGUUUGGCUUUACCCGGUGUCAACGAUUACUUGUUUUCGAUCUUAACAGUUUUGUUGCUAUCACGCUGCAAAGCAGAAAACCAUUUUAUAAAAGUAUAAUUCUCUUAAAUUUGGAUUCAUUCGGAACUAACAGAUUUCGCAGGUUUAACGAACAAGUGUUUUUUUUUUUUUUUUAUUUAAUGAAAUUCCAGUUUAUAAUGCUUUUUUGGCAGAUUCGUGGUUCAAAAUUUUUACAUUCGCUUUUCUCGGGAUUCCAAACACAGCUUUACAAUGUUCCGUUACUAAGCAUGGUCAUCUUUUGUCGAGAAUUCUGGGAACGAAACACGCAAUUUUAAACUUUUAUCCGAGAUGCAUGUAUGCACCUAAAGUUCAAAUGUUAUAAAUUUUUAAUGAAAUCGAAAAUCCCAAAUAAAGUUAUGAAAAUUUAGAAGUUCAGCAAUAAAUUGACUAAUAUUAACUUCACAAACUUAAAAAUUUUUACAAUUGCAAAAGUUGAGGUGCAAUCAUUUUUAAUGAGUACUGUUAAAAUUUUUUGCUUUCUAAAAUAAAAUUUUGCAUGAAUAAUGAAUGGAAAUUGAUUGAUUAAAGAAUCAUGAAAACACCCAUAUCGUUUAGACUUUCGCUUGCCAAACGUUCAUAAAAAUGUUAGGUAACACGCAUUUCUUUUCAACCCUAAAUUUCCAUAAAUACUUAAAGUUUACGAUUGAUGUUAAUACUAAGAAAAAAGAAAAGAAAGUUGCAUCGACAAGAAAUAAAAAUUCUCAGAAUAUCGAAUAUCGAUGCAAUUUAAAGAUUGUAGGUUUUAAUUUAUAGAAACAUCUUAUUUUCUGUAACAGUAAACCAUAAUAGUUUCUGCUAAAUGAAAAUCGCAACAUUAAGGUGAAAUACCCUACACAAACAUUCUUGUUCCUAUAUUUACUAUUAUUAUUAGUAAUUACUGAAAAUCCAAGGCCAGAGAAUGAGGGUACAAAAGUCACAUCGAAACUUUGAACUCUACCGAAUCGUGUGACAGCAUAGACUGAUCUGUAUCAUUUUUAAAUUCAGAAUUCGUAUUACUUUUUCGUUUUUAAGGCCUAUCGUACCGUCAAAAACGUGGCUUUAUUUUCUGCUAUAUUUUUUAAAAUCGUAAUUCCGUAUAGCACGAUCAUAUAGUCAGCGAUCUUGUAAGCCAUUGCACAUGUAUGUUUUAAUAUACAUACCUAAUAAUAAUAUACAUACUAUACUUCUUGUGAUACAUUAUGCGCACGAUCAAAUGCUAUUGAGUGUUCAGGUAGGCAUUAAAAAGGACAUACCAAACAGAACACUUUGAUAAAAUUGUUUCUACGUAAAGCCAAUAAAAUUUUUAUAUGUAUUACCGUGUCUAAUAAAUAAUUCGUAUUAGGAAUAA